AUGACCCAUAACCUUUUUGCGCCUCUUGACCUUAGUUUCUCCUCCUCUUCAUCUUCCUCCUCCUCGUCAGUAUCAUUGUCCUUGCAAAUAACAAGAGAGCCUCCAACAAAUAUCAGCCAUCUAUUUUUUGUCAUUGUUGGUAGUACAAAGACUUGGAGAUAUAGGAGAGGCUACAUAGAGCCUUGGUGGAGACCAAACAUUACAAAAGGAUAUGUCUUCCUCGAAAGACCACCUGGCCCUGAUCUCUUGCCUUGGCCUCAACAAUCUCCUCCCUUCUCUGUCAACAAAGAGUCAUUCAUCACAAACAAAUUCAAGACUCAGAUCCGCCUUUUUUAUUCGCUUCAAGAGUCUUUUAAGAAGGCGUCCAAAGAGACAAGAUGGUUUGUGAUAGGAGAUGAUGAUACUCUCUUCUUCUUGGACAAUUUGGUGAAAGCUCUCGACCGAUAUAACCACAAGAAGCACUAUUACGUCGGAAUGAACUCCGAAAACGUUUGGUCCAACGCGAUUUUCGCUUUUGACAUGGGAUAUGGAGGCGGCGGAUACGCAUUGAGCUAUCCAACCGUAGUAACACUUCUCAGCAACAUGGAAGAAUGUAUCAAAAGAUACCUUGGAGUUUACAGCGAUCUUCUCUCAUUUCGUUGCUUGGCCGACUUGGGAAUUGAUCUUACUUUAGAGAAAGGCAUGCACCAGAAUGAUCUACACGGUGACAUAUCAGGUCUGUUAUCAGCUCAUCCUCAGUCUCCUCUUAUCAGCCUCCACCAUUUCGAUGUAAUAGACCCGAUAUUCCCAGGCAUGAACCGCCAGCAAUCCGUGAACCACCUCAUGGAAACCGCGAAAACCGACCAGUCCCGUGUCUUGCAACAAACAAUAUGUUACCAAAGAGGAUAUAACUGGUCAGUCUCUGUCUCUUGGGGCUACUCAGUCCACAUUUACCAAUCUAUAUACCCAAGAAGCCACCUGAAACGCCCUCUCGAAACAUUCCGACCAUGGAAGGAUGUUAGAAUACCGGCGUAUGGAUUUAACACUAGACGGGUGACGAAUGAUCCUUGCGAAAUGCCUCGUCAGUUUUUCUUUGAUUCAGUUGUGGAAGACAAGAACCAAAGCUUGGUAACUACCAUCUACAAGAUGAAAAUGGAAAGGCGUUUGCCUCCUUGUUUGCUAAAUGGCAACCAUUCUUCUCGUAACAUUACACAAGUCCGAGUCAUUGCUACUACUAUGCACAAGAUGGUUGAGGGAAUCGAAUGUUGCGAUGUGCAAAAUGUUAACAGUACGGAGAUUUUGGAAGUGAAGAUAAGAGAUUGUCAUAUAGAUGAAGCUCUUGCUUAG